AUGGAGAGCGGCACCCUGGUGUGUUAUGCGGACGACACGCUGGUGCUGGCCGGUGGGGAGGACUGGAAGGAGGUGAAGGCAGUCGCCAACGUGGCGGUGGCCUGCGUGGUGCGGGCCAUCGGUGCGCUGGGUCUACGGGUGGCGGCCAAGAAGACAGAGGCGGUCUUCUUUCAUGAUGGAUCAGCCGGUCCGCCACCCGAGACCCAGAUAACGGUGGAUGGAGUGGACAUCAAGGUGGGGGCCCAGAUAAAGUAUCUGGGCCUCCACAUAGAUGAGCGCUGGAAGUUCGAGGAGCAUUUCGCGAGACUGGCGCCCAGGUUGGACAAGGCAGGCAACGCGUUAUCGCGUUUAAUGCCCAGGUUGGGACCUGGGCGGGCCGCGUGGGAGGACGAGACGUCUCUACGUCAAUGUUAUAACGUCCAUGGCAUUGUACGGUGCCCCCGUGUGGGCAGAGACCCUCCGGAAGAGUAG